CAUAAAUCAUUGCCUAUGGUUUACUCCAUAAUUGUCCUUUCUCUUAAAUGUAGCAUCUAUCUUCUACUAGUUGUUCUUGUAAACAAGUGCUCGUCUUGCUAAAAUUUUGUUCUUAGUUUGUCAGUUUUUAAGUUCACGUGUUUUUCCUCUAAUGCACAUAUACAAGUAAAAAUUCUGCAAUCUAACCAAACUAGACAGAAAUUCAGGUUUUGAAUAUAUUUGUAAGUGAAGAGGUUUCCAUUACCAUAGAUGACAGUUCUGAAAGCAACUGCCGUUAAUUAAAGGUGGAAACUGCUGUUUGUAUGAGAUACUGAUGCUUUCAUCUAAUUAUUUCAAUCCCCAAAUCAACAUUAAUUAACACUUGUUUGACUAUUUCUUGUUUGUGCUUAUUCAGUUGCUGUAUAAAAUACUGCAUAACUAUGGAGUAACACACAUAAGCUGUGCCUUUUCUUCCCAAUUAAUGUUGAAACAUUCAUGCUUCAGUGGCUUUCAAAAAGUCAUCUUGAUGGAGAUUUUUUUUUUCCCCAUCACCUUAAGUAGCUUGAUACUGUUUCAUCCAAUGCUUUUCUCAUUCAUUCCUAAGACCCUGUAUUCUGAUGUGAAAGUGGAAAAGAGCAAUGUUAAUGCCUGACCAGAAUUCCUUUUCUUCCUUGAAAAUAACUCAAACAGAAUGUUGCAAAAGUAGUGUCAUCUUCUCCUAGGCAAUAGUUGACAAAAUGGCUGUUUGAAAACAACAGAAGGGUAUUUCUGUGUUUGAACUUUGAAAGCCCUUGAAACUUAGGUGACUUCGAAGAAGAAAUGGACAGUCUAGCUGUGUGGCAUAGUUUAUUAGAGUUGAAAGCAGAGAGGAUUUCAUACCAUUUAUUUAUUGGGGAAGGUUAUUCAUUACUGAUGCUGCUGCUUAUGGGGCUAAAAGUACUGCUGGAUUUAAGGCCAGGAAAAGUUCUUGCCUUAGAAUCUGUUGUCAGGAUGCAAUAGCAGGGGAACUGAUAAAAGGAAAUAUAUUUCAACAUUUGUUAAGGCCAUGUCACAUAGCAAAAACUCUAAAAGUUCUAAGCAAGAGAUUGUUUUAUUAAAAUCGCUUUCAGUAUGAAAAGACUUGUGUUAUUACAUAUAAAGAGAUAGAUACAAAAAACAAACAAAACCAAAAAACCCUCUUCCUUCCCCGCCCCCAAACCCCACAACCAAAAACACAAAAAACAAAAACAUCACAACAAAACAAACCACUUCGAUUCUUCCUUAGACCACCCAUUUGUGGGCAAAACCCCACCAAUUUUAUAUUUAUGAUAGCUCCUCUGACCUUUUAGUAAUUUGUUCUAAGUCUUGUAGAUUGAAUGUGGUAUUUUAGAGGACGUCUUUAAGCUUUGAACCAUAUUAUGCUUUGAAAUAAGUGGCCUAGAAUUUUAAAUAUUACCCUUUUAAAAAGGAGCCUGUUCACAUACUUUUAAUGCAGAUUUUACUUCUAGUAUCCAUUUGUAAAUUCUCUGCACUCAAAUGAUUUGCUUUUUUGUCAGUAGGUGGAUCAGUAUCUUGUCACAUCACACAUGUAUCAAAAGAACCACCAUUCUAAUUAGCUGUGCUGCUGUAUUUGAAAUUCUUAGAAGGAUUAACUAGACAAGCAUAGCACAAAGUAAUCAUAGUGGGACUUGAUAAUGCUGGAAAGACUACUAUUCUUUACCAGUUCUUAAUGAAUGAAGUGGUUCAUACUUCUCCAACAAUAGGAAGCAAUGUAGAAGAAAUAGUGGUGAAAAACACUCAUUUCUUAAUGUGGGAUAUUGGAGGACAAGAAUCAUUACGGUCAUCAUGGAAUACCUAUUAUUCAAACACAGAGUUCAUCAUUCUUGUUGUUGACAGCAUUGAUAGAGAGCGACUUUCUAUAACAAAAGAAGAACUUUAUAGAAUGCUGGCUCAUGAGGAUUUACGGAAGGCUGCAGUUCUCAUCUUUGCAAACAAGCAGGACAUGAAAGGUUGUAUGACAGCUGCUGAGAUAUCUACAUACCUCACCCUCAGCUCCAUAAAGGAUCAUCCGUGGCACAUUCAGUCCUGUUGUGCUUUGACAGGAGAAGGAUUAUGCCAAGGCUUGGAGUGGAUGACUUCCCGUAUUGGAGUGAGAUAGCUGCUUUUCCUAUGCUCCCACCCCCUACCUUCCCCAAAAAAGAAGAGACUUCUAUUUAUCCUGUGAACAUGUACAUUUUUCUGUACUUCUGGCUGCUGAAGCAGUGACCAUGUUUAAUUUAUAUCAGCCAACCCCCAAGCUGUACUUGAAUCAAGUGCAGUUGAACUGAAACACAAAGUAUUUUCUUAACUUUUUUUUAACACACUAAUCUUCAGCUGGAUGAUCAUAUGUGAAUCUGGUUUUAAGCAUUGAAAUUCCUCUGAAUAUGUAUUCUGACUUUUUCAAUGAUAGCUUUUUAAACUCUGUUUUGUCAUUGUCAAUAUUUCAUACUUCCUCUUUCUAAGUAGUUUAUAUAACUUACUAACAUAAAUGAGCGCAAUUUGUUUAAUAACAGAAAAGUAGCGAGUAGGUUGACUUUACUCUGGCAUAGCUUUAGCCUCUAAGGAUAACCAUAUUUCCAGCUGGGCUUCCUGGAACAUCAGCAGAGUUCUAGCCAGCAUGGGAGUUAAUAGUUAUGAACACAAUUUUUUAAAUGCUGGAGGAGUUAGUUAUAGUUAAUAUUGUGGUGGCUUUUAACCUGGUAUAUAAUUGAACUUCUGCCUCGAAAUCUAUUUCAUUCUUAGUUUCUCUGGUACAUAGAUCUAGCAGAUUAUUCUUUUACUUGAAAAUACAUCUCUACAGCAGUUAAAAAUUUGUUAGUAAGUGCUGGUUUAGUCAUUUAGAACUUGAAUACCUUUUUAAAAAUAAACCUUUUGAUAAGUAAAUUUGGAAUCAUGGCAGCCAGGGUUAUGUGUAGACUUACUGUAACCUGUUGAAAUUUUUAAAUACUGUAUAAAUGAGUCUUCCUCACCUUUUUGUGAGAGUGCUGUUUUCUAAAUGAAUGCGAAAUUAAAAGGGAAGCCAGGUUAAUAAACGGGACAAAGUCACGGUGCUAUCUGGAGAAUUCAGAGCAAAGCUAAUCUUGACAUUUAUUUACCUACUAUCAAAUAUGUUUUCAGAUUCUGUUGCAGAGAAAAUAUUUUGCCUUAAUUUUUGUUUUUAGUUUAAUUUGCUGGAGCAGAGAACUUUUGACGGUGUUCAAAUUAGAUUCAUUCACCUGAAAUUUAGGAACUGAAAGUUGAAAAAGGAGGGAGCUUCCAUUUGAAAAAACAGGUGGUGAAAGAUUGGACCUAGUAACUGUUAAAUCAAUUUGAAGAGGAUGAAUGAUGAAGUUAGAUCUGUAAAGAGAAUCUAAAGCUAUAGAUGAAGUUAAUUGAGAACAUUAGGCACCAAAAAAACCCUAACCACCAAAUCUGAGAAAAAACAAACAAACAAAAAUCCACAAAAACCCACAAAACAAUAGUGGAGAUAAAAUAAUGGAAUCCCAGCAGCAGUCAGGUAUCUAUCCUACAUAAAUGCUGGGCAGGCUUUCCAAAAGCACCAUUCUGCACUUUUGCAUGCCUAAAACCCACAUGGAGUCUGGUUACUAGAACCAUUUUGCUAAUUGACUGUAGGCAUUUAAUGACAAAAUGUUUUUUGUGUAAAUCUUGUUUUGAUAAUUCAAGCACACUGAGUUUUCUUUAAUAAAAUUUUAUGGUGUGUAAAUUUCAAUUUGCUUUCAAUUUUAUUUGAACAAAGCUUAAUGAAAUUUUAAAAGUUGUCAUAAGUGUUAAAGCGAAGACUUUGAAUACAUAUGGAAACAGUGACUGGUUGAAUGAAGUUGUGUAUUAAUGUUGAUUAGCAAAAGUCACAUUUAGGAGAAAAACUAUGUUGAAUGUCAAGCCAAAAUGCUCAGAAAAUAAUUUAAAUCAGUUAAAAGUAGUGCUUAAAGAAGAGAGGAAUGCAAGGCAAUGAUAAAAUGUGACACUAAGAGUUCUUGCUCUCAUAUUCAUGCUAACAACCGUUCUAAUGUGUGAAAAUAAGAUUUAUUUUGUUGUUAGGGAAGCAAAUUAUAAAUGAAAAAAUAAAAUAAUACUGUGAA